CACAAGCAGCUUCAUCCCAGUGGAUGUGUUAGUCUGGACACAGACUCCGAAUUCCUUCUGGAAGCUUCUCUGAGCCUGUUAUAAAGUAACUCGCAGCGCACAUUCCCAUUAGAAGAAGAAGAAGAAGAAGAAGAGUAGUGAGCUGUCUGAAUAAAGAGAAUGGACUUGACAAAGAUAUACAUCGCUUUGAAAACAUUUCAAGGCAUAAAGUGGAUUAAAUGGAAAUAAAAAAUGUAGACAUAUUUUACAAUUCCAGAAAAGACAAAGCCCUAAUGUUAGUGUCUAACAAUGCAUCCUCAACUUCCCGUCAAGUUUAAAACUUGCAUGUCUGCUUAGGUUUUGUAAAGAUUGCACAGGGGGUUGAGGAUAUGCAAGAAAGAAUGUCCUGUAUUGGGAUCUAAUUAAACAUGCACUGAUCAUCAAAGGAUGUCCUGUAUCGAGAUCUAAUUAAACAUGCACUGAUCGUCCACCCUGGCUACUGUCCAGUUUGAAUGAAUUGGAUAGUUUAAACCAGUUUGCUCUGGUUUAAAAAAACUUGUGCAUUAAGCACUGUAGCAUAGAUUUCAUUUUGAUAUCAGACAAACUUACAUAGUGACUCACUUUAGAAACAGCCACUACCUUCAUCAGUACAGUCUAAUGUACGUAAGUAAACAUAAGGACUCUUGUAAAGAUGCAAGGCUGAAAAUAUUUCAACAAACUUGGCUAGACGUGAGUUUCCAUUCAAAGUCACAAUGGCUUUGCAGCUAGCAGUUGUAUGCAUUCUCUUCAGCCUCACCAGGGCAGAUCCUGUAGCCCUGAAGGAUCAUGCUUCAGUUUUGGCUGACAGCACCCUGAGUCUGGGCCUGAACCUGUACCAGACCAUGGUGAAAGACCAGAACCUGAGGUCAGAGAACAUCCUCUUCUCUCCAGUGGUGCUGGCCUCCUCGCUGGGCGUGAUGACUAUGGGCGCCAAGGAGAACACCGCCAGCCAGGUCAAGUCGGUCCUGAACGUUGACCUCCAGGAUGACAAGCUGCAUCCGGCCUUCUCUGCACUGCUCGGUGAGGUCAGCGAUGAGAAGGCCCGCAACACCACCUGGAAGAUGGGCAGCCGCUUGUACGGCCCCACCUCGGUGAACCUCCAGCCUCAGUUUGUGGAGAGCAGCAGGAAGCUCUACAAUCACGAGCACGCCAAGGUCAACUUCAGGGACAAGAGGAGAGCCCUGCAGUCCAUCAAUGAGUGGGCCUCCCAGAGCACCAUGGGCAGGGUGGCUGAGGUCACCAGAGAGCUUCCCGGGGCUGAUGGAGCCCUGUUCAUCAACGCCAUGUACUUCAAACCCCACUGGGAGGAAUCCUUCCAUGACAAAAUGGUGGAUAAGCGAGGGUUCAUGACCUCCCGUACCCACACAGUGUCCGUGCUAAUGAUGCACCGCACAGGUUACUAUAAGUUUUAUGAAGACAAUGAGAACAGGCUAAAUAUUCUGGAGAUGCAGUUGGCCCACAAGCAUUCCAGCAUGGUGUUCAUCAUGCCUUUCCACGUGGAGCCCUUGGAGAGGGUAGAGAAGAUGCUGACUAAGGAGCAGCUCAACCACUGGUUCAGCAAGCUGGAGAACAGGGCCGUGGCUCUGUCGCUGCCUAAAAUCAACCUGGACGUCAGCCACGAGCUUCAGAAGCACCUGCAGGAGCUGGGCCUGACCGAGGCUGUUGACAAGACAAAGGCAGACUUCUCCGGGAUGACUGGCAAGAAGGACCUGCAUGUCUCCAGUGUCCUCCAUGCGGCUGUCCUUGAGUGGGACACCGAGGGCAAACCCUUCAGCCAGGACAUUUACGGACAACCGGAGUUCAAGUCACCCAAACUCUUCUACGCUGACCACCCGUUCAUCUUCUUGGUGCGAGACAACAAGACCAACUCCAUUCUCCUCAUUGGCAGGCUGGUCAAGCCAAAGGGGGAAAACCGCGACGAGUUGUAGGAAUCCUUUUUUAAAAAAAAAAAAAAGCCUGCAGUGUUCCAGGUUGCACAUUCCAAAUUUUGCUGUAGUUUUUAAAAAAGUAAAUAACUCAAGUUCAAUUGUUACACACUUCGAGUAUAUUGUAGAAGAUGAUAAUGGGUUAAUGUGAUGGAGAAUCAUGUUUCUAUACAAUAUGAAUAGUCAAAAAGAAAUAUCCAGAGAUGUUUCCAACUGCUGACUGGAAACCAUGACAAUGCCGUCCUUCUUAUCCUGAGCAGCGUGGAUAUAGAAGCAGGGUAUUACGAUAUACCUUUUUAUAUAGUCUAGUUGUAUGUUUGCCAAGACCUAAUGCCAUGCAUUCCAUUAAACAGUGUUGGUAAUUAAAAGCAGUAUGGGCAGACCUGGUUUUGAACUCCUAGUUGCUGUAGGUUUCAAUGUCCAAUUUCUGUGUGAUUUGGAUUCUUGUCUCUGUAAUACCAGUAAUUUGCCCAGCCUGUUACACCACACAGUGAGGGUAUUUCCAUUGUCUUUCGAUUUCUCUUUUUAAUAAUAAAUAUUGCAAGUUCCAAUAUUUUUUUUCUAGGGAUCUUGGAAAUCUCAGGAGAAUUUUUUUUU